CAACAGACCACCGUGAAUAUAAGCUUAGGUUUUAAGUUGACACUGACCAAAACAUACGUUGUUUUCUAACUUAUUAAAGCUGUGUAACUUAUUUCAGAAUAGCACAGAAAACCUGUGAGUUUAUGGGAUAACCUCUGGUCGUUACCAUAGUAACAAGCCACAAGCUAUAACGCCAACUACAGCUACGUCCUUAUCAAUAACGCUGAGUAACGUUAGCCAAUUAGGACUUGUUCGGUCCUGUGCAUCGUAAUCGCAUCAAAAUCGGUGUACUAAUAAACCGCUAACAUGUAUUGUCGAGUAAUACAGGUACUUAAUAACGUAACGUUAGAUGAGGUCCUGGUGUGAGGUAUGAAAGAAAAUGAGGGGAUGGGAGAGCCGCCUGUGGUGAUCCUCCAGCACCAGAUGAGUGGCAGGUAGUGACGGCGCAAAAGCAAUGUUGCGCAGCAGUGUACAAUGAAGAAGAUAUUCAGCUUUACUAAGAAAAAGAAACACCCCUCCAGUACCCCCGACAGUGGGAGUGUGCUUUCUGUUGGAUAUGAACUAAAAGAAAAGGACCUCGGGAAGGUUCACAAGGCUGCCUCAGUGGGUGAUUUGGCAAAGUUGAAGCAGCUUGCUAAAAAGAAUGAUAUCAAUCAACUUGACAAGGAGAACAGAACUGCACUCCAUAUUGCCUGCGCCAGUGGACAUGUUGAAGUGGUGCAGUUCCUCGUUGAGAGCAAAGCCAAGCUUAACCUAUGCGACAAUCAAAACAGAUCCGCCUUAAUGAAGGCAGUGCAGUGCCAGCAUGAGCGCUGUUUGAACAUACUGCUGGAGAAUCAUGCCGAGCCUAACCUGGUGGACAUCAAUGGCAAUACAGCCCUACAUUUAGCAGCAAACAUCCCAUCCAUUUCCACUGCUGUCCUGCUGCUCGAGCAUGAGGCUGACAUUAAUGCAAAAAAUAAGGAGGGAUUCACACCCUUGACUGUGGCAGUCCGCGAGGACCAUAUCGAGAUGGCUGAGUUUCUACUCAAGGAAGGUGCAGAUGUGAAUUUUAUGGACCAAGACCAAAGGUCCCCAUUAAUGAUAGCGGCUGGCAAUGGACAAAUUGGUAUGUUGCGGCUGCUGUUGAGGUUUGAUGCAGAUAUCACACUAAAGGAUGCCAAAGGAUGGUCAGCUGAUGACUACGCAGUGAUGAAUGGGCAUCAUCCUUGUUCCCUCCUGAUCAUUGAGCACAGUACCCAGAGGAACGAUGGCCAAUCCCUAUCACAUCAAGGUCCAAGCAAAAAGACGAAAAAAACACUGUUGGGCAGUCCUUCCCAAGACGCUGAAGCAGGCUUCUCUUUGGGAGGACCAGCUACUGACAAAGAUGAGCAUGGAGAAAAUGAAGCAGGGAGAGAUUUUGAAGACAAUUCUCAGUCGGAGUCACUAAGUCGGGUUUCAAAAAGUGCUGCGGAUGAAUGGCCUUCAUCAGAAGAUGAUGAUGAAUCGGUUUUAAUAGAAAAGAAACCACAAAAGGUCAACCUAAGGAAAAUGAUUGCAUCUAAAAAGGGAGAAGCUUCUGCACUAGCUGACAGAUCCUUGAGUGGUACAGAAUCUGAGCCAGAGAGUGAGAAUAGAAUCCAGAGAAUCCCAUCCCACCCAAAGGCUUUACCAUCCAGCAAAGCUCUGCAGCACCCAGUAGAUCCCUCUCCCGUUUCCUUACUUUCCAAAGCACCCCAGAUGACUUCUACCCCUCUUCUAAGCUACAGAAAGAAAGAAGUGACCACAGAGGAACAGGAUGAUAAUGAAGAGGAGGAGAGAGAGGAGGAGGAUGAAGACGACGAGGAAGGAGACUUCUCAGAUGAAAAUGAUCAACUUGAAGAGUCCCUUGAUUCCACUUCACCUGUUCCUGAGACAGAAGUCUCUAAAGAUAAGAAAAGAGAUUUCCUGUCUGAGCUGGGCCUAGAGAAGGGAGAGGAAGACCAGGAUUCUUGGGACUCUGAGUCCCACUCUGAAAACGCCAAUAUGCAGCACGAAGAGAAACAAACCUCGCACACUCAGGAUCAAGAGGAGAUGUCCACUGUUGAAAAAGAGAUUAAAGAAAACUUGUUUUAUAUUCCCUCUUUUUUAAGAGGGGAAGGAAGCAAUAGGAUGGCAGUGCUAGAGCCUCGGAGGAGUGUAGGCAGGCCAAGAGGCAGCCAGGGAGAGGUUGGUAACAACAACGAUGUUGAUAAGGGAGAAGAACAUGUUGAUAAAGAGGAUACUACACAGAAAGAGACUGAGAAGGUAAAAUGGGAACCGCUCAGUGUUUUGAGCAAACUUGAAGGAGAUAAAGAAAGAAAGACAGACUUAAUGGAGGAGUUUGGUCUGGGUGAUGUUGAUGAUCUUGAAGAUGCAUCAGACUGGGAUUCGGCCAGUACUAUCAGUAAGAGAACCCUGCCUGGCCGCAGAAUGACCUCUCCUGGACUUGAGGAGUUUCCAGAGUGCUCCAACCAAUCUGAUAAAGAGCAAGAUGAAGAUGUUGCUGCAGCAGCACCCCUGACGCCUCAGAGGAACAUCACCUCCAACAACAGACUUCCCAGCACACCCCCUCAACCCGUGCCCCAUCCCCAACCUCGAGCAAGGAAGAUCGUGCUUCUGAAACCAGAGAGUGACGAAGAAUCAGAUUGGGAACCAGACAAUUUGACAUCUGGCAAUACAGGCAAAAUUGACAAUCAGUUGCAAAACAAAGCUGAGCUUCAGACUUUGGUAACACCAGGUAUCCCUGAGCUCUCACUGAUGGAAACGGACAAUAAAAGUAAUGUAGAGUCUGACAAGCAGCAACAAAAGGAGAAAGAUGAUGCAGUAGAUACAUGUGAGGUAGAUCUAAGUAAUCCGUGCCCGUUCGGCCAUGUGGGCUCUGACAGUGGAGACAAUUAUAAUGACUUUAGAGAUCAACACAGUCCUGAAGAAAGACAUGAAGCAGGUUAUAACGUCCCAUGGGAGAAACGUUAUGAGAAGCUCUGGGUAGAGGUGGAGAAAAGGGAGGUAAAAUCUUCUUUCAAGAAUGUUGCUGGUGAAUUAAAAGAGAAGUUUGGAGAACUGCUUAAAUCGAGACGUCCUGCACAAGACAUCACUGUAGAAGAACAGACCACGGCUGAAUAUACUUCUGUAGAAGAAGAGUCAAGCGAUGAAGAAGGGGAAAUCAUUGUGCGCCCCGCGGCCAGAGCAAGGAGUACUGUCCUUCUCACCAUUCCUGAGCAGAGGGAGUCUGGACUCGAAGACUCUGUGACAGAAUCAACUGACAAGUCCGCAUGUGAGGACAGAGUGCAGGUCUGUGAGACCCCAGCUAGUGAGAGCAGCAUGUGUCUAGAGCCAGAUCUACUCGCUGAUGAUGUUCGUGAGGAGAGCAGGUCUCAUUCACCAAUACUCACCGCAGCACAGAGGGACAGCAGCAUAGAUCAUUUCACCACAGCUUUUACUGAUGAAUAUACCAGACCCAUGUCUGAUGUCGAUGGCGGCACAUUCUUAAAAGAUGAGACCGAACUUGGGCCAUUCCAGAAACCACAUCUAGAUAUUAUCUGGAAGGACAAGACUAAUAAUCUAGACGAAGCUCAGAAGAACAAUGCGAGUUUGGUAGAGGAUGCUGAGGAAUUCACCAAGUCUCGCCCUGCUUCACUAAGCAGACGUUCAACAUCUAUCCCAGGUGUUUCUGAUGAAGAGCUGGAAGAGGACAUGGAAAGGUUUAAACUUGAGGUUGCCAAAGAAACCACAAAGACCGCAAUGGAGAUGCAAAAAUCCAGUACUUCCUGGGAUUCUGGUGGAACGGCAUUGGAAGAAGUGGGUACUGAGAAACCUGAGACCAGGUCAGGAUGCAUGUCAAGUCCAGCUGGAGACAUUCACCAUAAACGGCAGCCUGUGGCCACCGAGAGCACCACCGAGGCACCAGUGCAAUUGCAUCUCCCACUCCAGCAGACCUCCACUAGCAACAAACAGGAGGGGCAAGCUGUAGAGGAGAUCUUACAGCUGGAGCUGGUCAGAGGGGCCCGGCGCAGUAGAGCCCCUCAGACCAACACCCAUGUUAAUGGAGACCCUCUCUCUGUGUUUGACGAUAGCAGUUUAAGUGACGUGUCGGAUGAUGAAGGAAGGUUGUCAACCAGUGGGCAGCAGAAAAAAAGCGAGAACCCUGAAGAAGUGGAAAUGGCAGAAGACUUUGAUGAACUCACUCAGUCAUCGGACACAGCCACAGAUGACAUCGACUCUCCCACAUCAGGCUAUCGUCACGCAUCCCUCCUCAUUCAGAAGCUGGACUCAACCACUUUGGACUCAAGAAGCAUGGUGAAGCUGCAGAACAUUUUCCAUGAAUAUGAGCGCUCCAUCCAAAAGGUAAGAAGUCGCCAUGGCUACCUGGCGGACAAGGUGAGCCAGCUGGAAAUGGAGAGGGCGGAGUUGAGGAGCUCUCUGGAGGAAGUUAAAGAUGUAAAGUCUAGCUUGGAGCGCAACCAGCUGGAAUUGCAGACUGAAGUCACAAACCUCAAAUUUCAGCUUAAACAGGAGCAGGAAAAUCGCCGCAACGCCACCAUGAUGUACAACACCACCAGAGAUAAGCUGAGGAAGACAGAGGAACAGCAACAGUUCGAGGUUCAGGAGAGACAGAAGGUGGAGCUCAUGCUCAGGAAUCUGGAGCUGGAGAUGAGAACACUGGUCAGCAACAUGAAACAGCUUGAAGAGGACCACAGUGAGACCCAGAGGCUUUUGGCUCAGGAGCGCAAUGCUCGGACGCUGCAGGAGAAUCUGCUCAACAGUCAUCUCCGUAAGCAGCAAGAGAUAGAGGAUGAGAACAAAAGAAACCUAAACAAAAGCAAUGAGGCCUUGUCUCAGCUCACUGAGGCCAGUGACAGGGAGAGGGAGUUGCUCCAGCAGACUGCUACCUUACAGGAGCAGCUGACCAUCCUGAGAACAGACCUCGAGCGUUCGCAGGCCAAUAGCAGUCUCAAAGAGAGUCAUCUUUUGGAGGAGAACGAUGCCCUCAAGGAACAGCUAGAGGAUGCUCGGCGAGAUCUCAAACUCAGUAGUGAAGCCUUGACCCAAACUGUCUUCAACUGCAAUAACCAGGUGACCACCCUGAAGUCUGAGCUAGCCAUAACAACAACCCGCCUGGAAAAUGAGAGGCAGACUCGUGAAACACUGGAGUCAGAGGUUGAGUCUGUUCGUGCCCGCCUGGCUGGAGCUGUAAAGGAGGCAGAGCUUUGCCUGGCAGCUCACACAGACACAGAGAGAGCUCUGCUUCGGGAGAAAGAGGAACACCAGCGUCUUAAAGAUAGAUUCACAGGUGAAUCAGCCACUCAACGUGAGGCAAUCAGCAGCUUGUCCCAGAAGCUGGCCAAGGCAGAGGCUCGUGCAAACAGCAUGGAGAAUGAAGUUCACAGGGUCACACUGCAGCUGACGGAGAAAGGCCUACUGCUGGAGGUCCUACAGCGUGAGAAGGACCAGGCAGCUGUACGUGUCAAGGAGCUAGAAACUACUCUGCAGGCUGAGAGGGAGCUGGUCAGCCGUUCAGGAGCACGCCAAGAGGCCACACAGGAACGGCUAGCCCAAGCGCAGAGUGAGAGCAUGUUGCUGCGUCAACAGCUAGAGGAGGCCCAAAACAAAGGUGUCGCAAAGGAGCGUGCUGUGACAGAUGCCCAAGAGCGCUUCAGUGACAUUCUGUCCAAGCUGCGCUCUGACUGUGAAGAAAGAGUACAACUAGUGGAAGAGAGAAAUAAGGAGCUUGCCAGUAAGGCUGCAGAUCUCCGAGAUCAGAUCUACAAAUUAGAAGAAGAGAAGACCGAAAGAGAGACUAGUGUAAGACAGCUGCAGCAGGAGCUAGCGGACUCUCUCAAAAAGCUGUCAAUGAGUGAAGCUUCUCUGGAGGUCAACACACGCUAUCGUAAUGACCUGGAGGAGGAGAAGGCUCGGCUCUUUAAAGACUUGGACAGGCUCAAAGGAAAGCUGGAGGAAAGCGAAGACCAGUAUGUGCAGUCUGAGAGACGUAUUAACAGUCUGAAGAGCAGUCUGGAUGAAAAGGAAAAGGAACUCAACACUGCUGCUCAGAAACUCCAGGUGGCGCUGUCUGCCUCAGCAGCUUCUGAUACCACCAUCAAACAGUUGGAGGAAGCUGUGCAAAGGCUGGAGAUAGAGAACGCCAGGCUAGAAGCUGCUGCAAAGCAACAGUCCAACAAAAUUGAUGCACUUCAGAAAGGGGCUCAGGAAGCUGCCAUGCAAUCUGACUGCUCACCUGGAGGAGGGGUUGGUAUUGUUGAUGUCAAAGGUCAUUUGGAGGACUUGGUUACAAACCUUCAAAGCAGUAAGAUGACUUUGGAAGACCAACUCAAUAGAGAGGUCCAGAAGCAAAGCAUGCUGUCUCACACAGCCCAGGACUCCCAGGCCUUGUGGGAGGAGGAGCUGAAGAGCCGCUCUAAGUUAGGACUGCGCCUGGCAGAGCUUGAAAAGGAGAAAGGAGAACUGAGCACCCAGAUGGAAAUAGAAAAGAGGAAAGCCAAGAAAAUAGCGGAGCAGAAGAAAGCUAUAGAUACCCGGCUGGAUCAAGAGAUGAAGAGAAACACAGAGCUUCAAAAAGAAAUGUACAGGUUGCGUACUUUAUUAAAGACUGCAAAGAAGAAAUUGCGAGAGCAGGACGUGGGUGGAGCUGAAUUUGCCUCUCCUAUGAGCAGUCUGCGGAUGGAUCUAGGCAGACACAGCCAGGCCGAUGGUGCCUUUGGACGAAUGAAAGAAAAGGUGGACGAUCUGCAAGUGCAGCUGGAGAAGGAAGCAUCCCGUCGUAGCCAACUAGAGAAGGUGAAUGGGGAGCUUAAGGAUCAGUUGGCCUCCCUAAAGAGCUUGAGCCGCAGUAAUGACCAGCUGGAGAGGAGUAAAAGACAGUUGGAGGAGGAGGUGCUGGACCUGAGACGCCGAAUGGAGGCUUCUCAGAUGGAGCAGAGCCAGGUGGAGCAGUACCGCCGUGACGCAGAGGAGAGGGCCCGUCAGGAGAUACAACAGAAGCUGGAGCAGGUCAAUGUCUUCCUGCAGUCCCAGGCAGCUUCCCAAGAAGCAUUGGAUCAAAUGAAAGCUGCCAACGAGGCCAACCUGCGCUCCCAGCUGGAGCAGAAGAUCCAGGAGAUGGAGGGGGAACUGUGCCGGGCCCGCACCACCCAGCGGGACAGCCUCAACCAAAGAGACUGCACACGCACAGAGCUAGAGCGAUACCGCCAACUCUACACAGAGGAGCUGCGCCUCCGCAAGUCCCUGGCUGCCAAACUAGAGAGGGCCAACAGUCGGCUCGCAGAAGCCAAUUCCAAGUUGCUCAACGAGCGCAGCAGGUCUCUGAUCAACAGCAGCAUCGUAAACGGUAGCUUUGGAGGGCCCACACUGGACGUGAGCUCUUUAGGUUCACCAGCAAACUAUGGGGCCACACUAGGGCCCCUCAACAGGAGCCUAGGCCUGGGCCUCUCCCUCCUCAGCCCUGUGACUGAGGGACAGAACAACAGGGUGGAGGACUACCUAGCGAAGAUGCAGACUGAGUUGGAUAGAAACAUAUCAAAGGAAUUAAACAACGCCACAGCAGAGCUGGACGUUGCUUCAGCCCGUAUGUCACCAGUGGGCUCUGCCUCGAGGGAGAAGCUAGACCCCGUCAGCAGGGCGACACAGCAGUACUUGGAAGUACUAAAGAAAAAUAAUAUGAUUUGAACACUCAUCACAGCUGCUGGCAGUCAAACGUUGUAUUUCAGCCAUUACAAUCAUUUAAAUACCGACUGCACCAACAAUAAGGCCAAAGCCACUGCCUAGUCAUAUUACACCAACACUCCAACUUUGUACGUAUUCACUCUCCCUUCUUUUCACAAAAGCAAAUAUAAUGCACAUUGCACUUAACCACUCAGGAGCAAAGGGCAUGAGUCAUAUAUAUAUAUAUAAAAUUAUAAUUAGAGAGCACCUCAAAAGUAUUUGUUCUUUCUGAUUAAUUCUUUUCUGUAUCCGAUCUGUAACUUUUUUGUUUAGCACUAUGUCUAUAUAGACAUAGUAUAUGUAUAAAAUACGUAUACAGAAUUGUGGUUUGGAUUUUGUUAUGUGAAUAUUGGUGUUGCUAAAUUUUAAUUUUUAAGUAUUUGAUGUAUGCAUCAUUAAUAAUUUUGCCAAGAUAUUACCCGGUACGUGCCAUCAAAUGGUGCAAUAUCUGUCUUGGUCCUUAAUUUAGUAGACUCGUUGAGUAUUGUGUUGAUGAUGAUUUUAUUUAUUAUUUUUUAUUUUAACAUGAUAUACUUGAAUAAGACGAGCUGGAAUACUCUGGCUAUUGAAACAGGGUGACUUCAUUUGUACAACUGUCAUUCAAACCAUUGGUUGCUUGCCUUUAGGGCCACCAAAAGGGAAACAUGCUUGUUUUGUUUUUUGUUACUUAUAAAAACUGUAACAGAAUACAUAUAUACAUAUAGGAAAAUAUUUAUGACGCCUGUAUGUCACAGAAGACUCUAAAGUUGUAAAUAAAACAGUUAAAACAAAAACCUGAACUUGAAUGAGCUGUAUUAUGUCUGGAUACCAAGUGGACAUGAGAAAGGAAAGAAAUAAAGUGACUAAGGUUA